UCCUCGAGUUGCAGCAGAAGGGUUUCACACCAUUCCCUAAAACCAAAGGCGUUGAUACCAACGAGGCAAUGAAAACAGAAGAAAAUGAAGAGACACUGGAGGUGGGAAGAGUUGCAAGAGCAAGUGAUUAUGAGUAUCUACUAUUGAUGCCGAUUGAAACCUUGACGCUAGAAAAGGUUCAAGAGCUGUUGGCUGAAAAGGGAAAGCAAGAAAUGGAGGUGGAGGAAUUGAAGAAGGAAACUCCGAAGUCUCUGUGGAUGAAAGAUCUUGAUGCUUUCAUUACGGCACUUGAUGAGCAUGAGAAGGAAGAAGCCCAAGUGGAGGAGGUGACAGGACAGAUGGAGGGUAGGGCAGGCAAGCCUCUCGCUAAGGCUUCUAAACAAGUUGGAAAGAAUCCAAGAAAGAGCAACACCAAGAAAGCCAAUGAAGCAACUAUUGUUGAAUCUGUAGCAUCAGUUAGUACUACAGCUAAAACUGGUAGGCAUCAUUCUUUUCUGAUGAAUAAAAAAUCAUCUUUGUCAGUAAGCCAAUGUUUAGACGCACACGCCAAUCAGCAGCAUAAAAAUUGA